AUACAAAUAACAAUUCUCAAUUGAAAAUACGGUGUCCUAUGCGUCCGAAGUGUUCAGAGUUUCAUCUUCCCACACCCAGCUUGGGACAGCUCCAAGUCUCAUUAUUUUAGUGCCAAAGUACGCUCAGAUCAGUGAUUGUUACCUAACUAAUAAAGUCGCAUUUUAUUUGGUUCCCGAAGACCACCACGGUUUAAAAACCUUAUCAAUACAUAAAAGUGAAUUUAUUUAUUGUCUUUUAACACCAGCAAGCGUUUAUUGGCCAUAGUUAAUUUUACAACAUAUGCAUACGUUGUAUAUUUUAAUAUAUGUAGAUGUUAUUCUGCCGCAAUUCAUUGGACGCAAUUUAGAUAAAGAUUAUACUGUGGUAAAUGUCAAGAUAAAGGAUUUUAUUGUGGAGCUUCAUAGAAAAGACGUGGUGGAUAAAUAAUUGACUUAUUUCCAUAUUAACUGUGAUACGAGUGCGUCGUUGGUGAAUAUUAACAGCAGCUGACAACGCAAAUAUGGCAGCGGAUUUGGUUGAUUACAAGAUUCGCGAAGAAUGCGAAGUUCUGCAUUUGACAGACAAGCAGAUCAAGGAGAUCAUGAGCAGACUCCACAAUGACUUGGUCAAAGGACUUGGCAAGGAUACACAUGCCAAUUCCAUUGUUAAGUGCUGGAUCACUUACAUUCAAGAUUUACCCAAUGGAAAAGAACGCGGUAAAUUCCUUGCAUUGGAUCUAGGAGGAACUAAUUUCAGAGUUUUAAUUAUUAAUUUAGGCGCAAACCACUUUGAUAUGCAAUCCAAAAUUUAUGCUAUUCCAAAUCAUAUAAUGACUGGAACAGGCAUUGCAUUAUUUGACCACAUAGCUGAAUGCCUUGCGAAUUUCAUGAAGGAACAUGAUGUUUACGCAGAGAGACUGGCACUUGGUUUCACGUUUAGCUUUCCUCUACAACAACUGGGGCUCACAAAAGGAAUACUGCAGCGGUGGACCAAAGGAUUCUCUUGUUCUGGAGUUGUCGGAGAAGACGUUGUUCAGGGUCUUAAAGACGCCAUUGCCAGACGAGGGGACGUACAGAUUGACAUAUGUGCCAUUCUGAAUGAUACUACGGGUACAUUGAUGUCAUGCGCAUGGAAAAACCACAACUGCAAAAUAGGACUUAUCGUUGGCACUGGCAGCAAUGCUUGUUACGUAGAGAAGACAGAGAACUGUGAACUCUUUGAUGGAGAGCCCGGUAAACCUGAUCUGCUUAUCAACACUGAGUGGGGCGCGUUCGGAGAUGACGGAGCACUGGACUUCGUUCGCACAGAGUUCGACCGCGAAGUCGACAAUAACUCCAUCAACAAAGGAAAACAAAUACAAGAAAAAAUGAUUUCGGGCAUGUACAUGGGAGAAUUAGUGCGUUUAGCAUUAGUGAAGUUCACAAAGAUGGGCUUGCUGUUUGGAGGUCGCGGUUCAGAUCUGCUGUUCCAGAGAGGCAGCUUCUACACCAAAUACGUAUCAGAAAUUGAGUCGGAUAAGCCUGGAGACUUCACGAGUUGCAUGGAGGUGUUGGAAGAACUCGGAUUGUCGCACGCGAGUGAAGCGGACAUGGCUGCGGUUCGCCACGUCUGCGAGUGCGUGUCGCGGCGCGCGGCGCACUUGGUGUCCGCCGGGAUCGCGUGUCUCCUCAACAAAAUGAACGAGCCCCGCGUCACCGUCGGCAUCGACGGCUCCGUCUACCGCUUCCACCCACAUUUCCACACGCUCAUGUGCGAAAAGAUCGCGCAACUCGUCAGGCCGGGCAUACAGUUCGACCUGAUGUUGUCGGAGGACGGCAGCGGGCGCGGUGCUGCGCUGGUGGCGGCCGUGGCGUGCCGUCAGAGCAGUACUGUCGCGUAACUUGGCCUCAUCUCUCCCGCGGUAACACUAAUCUGAGCCUUCGCAUGUAAGCCGCCUAAGCAAUCAAACGAUACCGCACUCAAUAUUUCCUAAUAACAUAGUAGCAAUAUAUUUUUAAAAUUGUUUACACAUAGCUACCUAUCGAUGAUUGUAUGGGUAUUGUUUAAUAUUGUAAUGACACUUUAUCACAGUAAGUGUUAAAUAAUUUAAAAUAGAAAAAUCUUUAUGUGCUGGUUCCUUUAUCAUUAUGCAACUUAGUGAUUGCAAUUAUUAAUCUAAUCCGAUAGCAGUUGAUUUUUAUCUAAUAAGCGACAGCUCGCUUUGAUACAGCCACAACGUCGGUAAGGAAGAAUAAUCGUAAUCACUAAAUUAUAUUACAUUCGGCACUAGUCCAAAUAUACAUAUUACCUAGAUACAUAAAAGAUAAAUGAAUAGCAAAUCUAAGAGCAAGCUGGCGGUUACUUAGCACAUUUGAAUUAUAUUUGUUUAAGUAGUACUUAUUUAUAUACUAUAGAAUGUCGCUGUGUGCUACACUGUAGGUGACGGCUUUCAUGUAUACGCUCUUCUCUGAAAUUUUCGUUGCUCCAUAUGAACCUUUAACUCUAAAUUAUAUGUCCUAAUUUUGUGGCAUAAUCAGACACUAAGAUCCAAUAUCCAACGUGAACUUAAAUUUACUUAAUUGCGGUUUGUUUGUACUUAUAAUGACUUAAAUCUAGUCAAGGUAAAAGGAGUCGAGACCUUUUCAUUAAAUUAUAAAGUCGACAGCUAUGGACACUCGUAAAUUAUAAUGUGUUAUUAUCGGUGUAUAUAACUGGUAUAUCGUUAUGCUGUUUAACACAUGUUGUAAACAAUAAGACUGAUUUAUGAUGAAAUCAUUAUUAUCGACGUAAUAAGUCUACAAAUUUAAAUUUUCUGAUCUUAGUGUUUGGGGUUUACCGCGACGACAAGCAUUUCCUUGCCAGCACACAGUAACAGGCUCAGAAUUCUCUUCAGUGACUUGUGUUAUAUUAGCAAUAAGUAGUUAUAUAUGUAGUACUGUAUAUUUUAUCGGAGAGAAAGCUCUUAUAUCGUUAAGUAGAUAUGUAAUUUUAUAUACUAAUAACAACUGUUGAAAAUAAAUUAGAACGAUGAUAUUAUAAAUUACUCUAUAAAGGAACACUUAAUGCGAAAAACUUCUUCAGAUGUAUUGUUUAUUCCUAAAAAUAUUUUUACAGUGACCACGUCGACUGAUGUAUUUUAGAUAACUGAUGUACAUAAAUAUUUGGUUUUAAUAAGUACUGCGUACCUACAUAAAAGGAUACCUCCCCUUAAGAAUAGCUCUUAUAUCCGUUUUGAGAUCGGCAAUGUUAUACUUUUUAAUUUUCAUCCCGAAGCUGCGAAGUCGGGCGAAUAGAACUUGCGCUUCGGUGCGAAUCUCAUAGUGAUUGCUACAUGCCAAGUACAAUAAACGUAGAGUACCUACCAUCAUUCCACCGAGGAGUUAGUCAUCCAUGAGACAAUAUUAAAUUAUUUUUUGUGGAUAAUAAAAAACAAGAAAUUAAAUAUUAUGUUAAUGAUAAUUUUUAAACAUUUAAACGUAGAACUCUUAUUUGAAUGUGAAUUGAAUCAAUAAAAUAAAAGGAGUAAUUUAAGUGUUUUGAUAUUUUACUGUGAUAGAACUAGGACUAGUUCAAGUUUUUGUUUUGUUUCUGGAAACAUUUUAUCAACGAAAUUAAUUGCAGUUUGCCCACAUUGUUUAGAUAAUAUCUCAUUUGGUUUAUUCAAAUAAUAUCAUCCACGCAAAAAGGCCAUAUGUAAAACCGUGUUAUUGAAAGUGAUUCAUAAAUUAUAAUCGGGUUAAAUUUUCACAGCGUACAUAGUGUACAUAAAUAAGUAAAUUACACCCAAUUAUAGUUCCUAGUUUCAUUAUUAUAUAGGUGCAUUUUAAUUUAUGUAUGCGUUCUGUGUUGUUACAUAUUUGUAUGUGUUGCACGUUGUAACAAUCACUAGUUUGAUUUAUUUAUAAGUAAACAUGGUGGAUUAAGUAUACAGCGUUAGACUUAUUAUUAUUUAGUCGUUACUAAUAAUUAAUUUAAUCUCGUCAUGCUUGUAAAUUUCAGCAACCGUUUAAAUAAAACAUCAAAUGAUGAAAUAGAAAAGUACAAGUAGGUAAAUUUUUAUACAUUUACCAUGUAUCAAAAGGAAAUACAAUAUUAAAUGGUUCAGGUUUGGCAAUGGUCUCUAAUUGUAUGCAAAUGAUUGCUUUGCUCAAACGCAAAAUUUAAAAAUAGGUUUUUUGUAGUUGAAAAUGUUAUGUUUAAUUUUAAUUCGAUCCAUUUAGUUUUGUUCACUUAGAUACAUUAAUUAUUUAUUAUUAGAUAUGGAAACUUUCUGCAUCAAAUAACAAAAAUACAUACCACAUUCCACUUGUAUCUGGAGGGUCUUAAAUGUGUAUUGAUUUUAUUACUACCCGCAGAAAAUGUACAUAUCAAUCAAUUUCAAUAAUCGAAAGAAGGCAUAUUUAUGUUAAGAAUUAAUUAUGUUACCCAAAAUGUAAAUAAUAUAUUUGUCAAAUGUUUUGGUAAGUCAUAUUCGAGUUAUUUUGUUUUAAACUUUAUUAUGAAAGUGUCCACAUGCUUUGUAGAUAAUAAUUGUAAUAAAUCAAUUAUGGUUGAACCGUUUUAAGGUAGUAAUCGAAUUCAUUGUGUACGCUCUUAAGGCUUAGGAGCUAAUAGAAAUGUUAUGAUUUCUGAAAUAAAUUUGUAUAAAACAA